AUGACAAAUAUGCUGUUAAUUAUUACGAUGUUACUAUGUCCAAAUUUACUCAAAAAGGAUAUUUAACUACUGUAAAAAAACUUAUUUAAUUUCUAUGAGGAGCAAUUUAUAUCAUUUCCAUCACAACCAAUGCAAAAUUACUAAAUUCUUAAUUUUAGGUUAUAUUUCUAGAGAACCACAUUUCAAACAUUUUAUUGGAAAUAUGAAAAAAUCAACUACAUUCAGAGAGUCUCAAUUUUAACAAAUUCAUGUAAGUAUUAUACAUUAUAAGUAAUGCAGAAUUAAAGUAAAAAUUAUAGAUAAAAAUAAAUAAGUGA